UCAUCAUUGUUUUGUUAGACGAGCACUACUUCCACUUUCUAGCGAUGACCCUUUCACUUGGCAGCAGCGUCAUCGCCGUUUGUCUCGUCAAUUGUCUGAUUUUGCUGAUUUUUUUUGCGUUUUCUUUCGCCACUUUCCACCAGAUACUUCCAGACGGCACAGAUCAUGUUCAACGGACUGCUCAAGUCUCAAGGUUACCCCAAGCAAACGCACUUCGAUCCGGCCCGGCCCAGCGAGACCCUCUCGAACCUGCUGGACCACGUGGCCAAGCACCAUCUGAGCGUGAAGAUCGAUUCGCGGCAGUAUGUAAAGCCGGCGGUGGGAUAUGCCAAGGAACUGCUGAAGCUCGGCCAGGCCCGCGGCUUGCUGCAGUUCAACGCCACGGAGAUCAGCGAUAAGCUAACGGACACGCUCAAUCUGGAGGUUAUCGAACCGGUGCUAAAAGUACACCGCGCCUACAGAUACAUCUCGAAGACGCCGCAAUGCGAUCGCUAUGUGCUCUGCCAGCUGAAUGCAGCCGCUCUUGACCAGCAGCAGAAGCAGAAAUCCCAACAGCAACAGCAGCAGCAGAACCAGCAGCAACAGUCCAAGAAGCAGGCGACGACGGCGUCUGGCCUCAUUGCCGGAGUUAGUCCGAAAAUCGUCAAGAUCGGCAGCAUGGGUGCAGCCAUCUUCAUUAGCACGGAAACCGGUACACCGUUCUGGACGCUAUUCGGUGUAAUCAAUGCGCCAUAUAAUUGCGAGGCCAAAUAUCCAGUCGACUGCAAUGGCUUCCACGAGGGAGAGGCCAAGGUGACCACGGAGUACAUACACAAUGAGUUGUAGUUGCCCCCCGAGUAUGAGAGGAUGUCGCCAGUGUCCAGGAAGGUCGAGCCAUUGGCGAGAAUGCUCAUUAAGACGUCGAUCUAGCUGUAAUUGAGAUCAAAAUUUCGUGUGUAUAUAGUAUUACGGAUUGAAAUACAUUUAAACUUAAACCAUGUAAA